AUGUGUCCCCCUUGUGUAUGGCUGUUGGGGCUCCUUUCAUUCUUAUCUUUGUCCCUUCUGCCUGUAGGAGGAAAGAGGGAAUGGGAACUCCGAGUGGGCGUUCAUCCUUUUGGAGGUCUCUGACCAACCACGCCUGGAGAUGCUGCUUUUUGUGGUCUUUCUGGUUUUGUACAUCCGGAACCUGGCCAUCAUUGUGGUCUUGUGGCUGGAACCCAUUCUCCAUACCCCUAUGUAUUUCUUCCUCAGUAACCUCUGUUUCCUGGACCUUUGCUACACCACCAGCACCAUUCCUCAGAUGCUGGUGAACUUCCGCAGCACCCACAAGUCCAUCACCUGGGCUGGCUGUGUGGCCCAGCUCUACGUCUUCCUCUCACUGGGCUGCACUGAGUGCCUCCUGCCGGCCGUCAUGACCUACGACCGCUACGUUGCCAUGCUGCGCUAUACAAUCAUCAUGAGCCGCUGCCUCUGCCUGCAAAUGGCGGCCACUGUCUGGUUGAGCGGCUUCAGCAACUCCAUGCUGCAGACCAUCCUGACCGUGCGGCUGCCCUGGUGUGGGGGGAACCGGGUGGACGACUUCUUCUGCAAGUUGCCGGCCCUGUUCAAGCUGGCCUGUGUUGACACCUCUGCCAACAAGGCCGAGGCUUUUGCUAUCAGUGUGAUCUUCCUGCUGUUGCCACUGGGCCUCAUCAUGGUCUCCUAUGGCUACAUCGUCGCUGCCGUGCUGAGGAUUUGCUCGGCCCAGGGCAGGCUCAAGGCCUUCAGCACCUGUGCCUCCCACCUGGCUGUGGUAUCGCUCUUCUACGGCACGGCCAUUUUCAUGUAUCUACCGCCUCUGUCCAGCUACUCCCAGUACCUGGGCAAGAUGGUCUCCCUCUUCUAUGGCAUCAUCGCUUCCAUGCUGAACUCGCUGAUCUACACGCUGCGGAACAAGGAUGGGCACAGGACCCUAAGGAGGGUGCUGGGGAGGCUAUUCUGGAGUAAGAGGACAUGAGCCAGAGAAAUGAGUUGGGACUGGCUGGCUUGGUUCUCUCUGGGGUCAGGGGGCCAGGCAAUGGGCUAUGGAGCCUUUCCCAUCUAGGAGGUCUGCAUUUUAAUCUCUCUGUUCGUGUCCACACAUGGCGCUGGGACUGGGAAACCAGAGGUCACUCACCAUGAGCCCCAGAAUGCAGAAGAGCAUGUCGAGGCCUGGUGGACAGAGUUGGGCACCUCACUAUGUCCUUCCUUGGCUCCGUCCAUGGACAAAGGUGGCUCUGCAUGCAGGAGAUGGAGUGAUGUGGGCAUUUGAGAGUCAUCUCUCUGCACCAGCUCCAGCCUGUAGAGACCACACCCCUGCUUCCCCCCCCCCAUAUAAAAUAUCUCAGAUUCUCUCUUAUUGAAUAUUGGUCUAAAAAAAACUCACCAAUGUUCCCCCUUUUCUAUUUAAUUCUCUGAUAUGGAUAGUUUGGGGGCUUCUUCCCCCUUCUUAGGUUAAACCACACCUACUUCGGCAUUUGGAGGGAAGCAGCUGGCGCCGAUCAUUGCUCCAAAUUGUGGAUGGGGUUAAUGAAGGUGUUAAACUCAUUAGAAUCAACUUUCCGCUGAGAUUUUGCCUCUUUUCUCUCUAAUUACCAAAUAGUGAUCUAAAAUCUCCUCAGAUUUUCUCUUUAUUGAAUAUCAAUAGAAAUUUCCCUCCAUUUUGGUACUCCUCAAGUCAGGCACCAUUCCCACUAAAUUAUGGAAUAUUGAUCUAAAAUUCCCCCAGAUUUGGCCAUUUUUCACUUUAAUUGCUGAAUAUAGGGAAAGAAACUCUCUCACUUUGGGGUCUUCCCCCCCCUCCCAUUUUAAAUUGCAGCAACAUCUGCUUUUGGAGGGAACCAGCUGGCAUGAGUUCUCAUCCCACAUGGUGGAUGAAGAAAAGGAGGAUGUUAACCCCCCUCUGAUCAACUUUCUUCUCAGAUUUGACCCCUUUACUCAUUCAUUCUCAAACAGAGAUCUCACAUGCUCUCUAAUGUUGUCCCUUUUCUCUCAGCUGUUGAAUAUUCAUAUGAAAUGGCUGCAGAUUUGGGGUUCCCCCCUCCAUUUUAUGCUGCAAGAAAUUCUCCUUGUCUUGGGAAGAAGUGAUUAGGCCAAAUCAUUACCCUAUGGGGUGAAUGAGUGGGGGAAGGAGGUUAAACAUCCCAAUGAACAACUUCCCCCCCCUUUUCUCUUGUAUAAAUCAAAACCAGUGUGUUUGCUGAUUCGAGUGACUUGCGCAAUUCUUAAUAUGCAUCAAGGCUAGAAACCUUCAUGCCUCCAGCUGGUAAUUGACAUGACAGACGCUGGGUUAUGGUUACCCAUAUGAGCACCAUCUCUGAGCUGUCCAUCUUCAGCUUCUGCCCACUCCCAAUUGCCAUGAAAUCUUCAUAUCCUGGGUUCAGCCUCCCCUCCCGUCUCUCCUGCUAAAGCGGAAAACCCAUAGGGAUUCUGGAGCUGUAGUGUGGGCAGCAAUGCAUCUUGGGAAAGGGGGCAUAGAUAUUAAACAGCUGCGUCCUUUCCAGGAAGACAGAGACCAGGGAAGCGAUGAGAUUAAGGCCUGGUCUAUCAUGGAGGAUAGGUCCAUCGAUCACUAUUAGCCAAGAUGGCCAUGGAUGCAACCCCAACCAUGCUUUAAGUGUCCCUAGCCUUUGACUGCCAGAA